CAAAAUUCGACAUUUUACUUUUAAAGUCUUUCUUCUUCCAUUGUAACAAGACCUUGAAACUUGGAAGCCAAAUCGAGGGUGUGCGUGGAUCUCUCCUCAAUCCGAUAAGAUGAUCGUCUGCGUCGCCGUCGUCGGCCAUCAGAACAACCCGCUUUACAUUCAGAGCUUCACAGAGGCCGACGACGCCCUCAAGCUCCACCACAUCGUCCAUUGCUCCCUCGAUGUCAUCGACGAGCGAGUGAACAACCCUAAAAAGUCUGGUACAACGUUGAACGAGGCUUUUCUGGGCCUGCUUUAUCCCACCGUAAACUACAAAGUGUAUGGCUAUUUGACUAAUACCAAAGUGAAAUUCAUCUUGGUGACCACAGAUUUGGAUGUCAGAGACACAGAUGUGAGAAGUUUCUUCAGAAGGUUCCAUGCUGCAUAUGUGGAUGCAGUAUCGAAUCCAUUCCAUGUUCCUGGAAAGAAGAUCACAUCAAGGACUUUUGCAGAGACUGUGAGGGAUAUCGUUAGAUCGUACGUGCUGAACUGAGAGCUGGUAAGCCUUCUUCUUCUGCUGUGAAUCAGCAGAAGGAAAUGUCUACUUCCUUUGCCAUCCAUUGAAUCCAUAUCUUCUGCUCUUCCUCGUUUGUUACUGUAUACGAUCUCUGCAUCGCCUGGAGUAUUGCUCGUAAAGCUCUGCGUGUUAUUUUUAAUAUGGAUUUUAUAAGAUAUGAUAUUUAGUGUUAAGAAUCC